AUGGCCGGUAUUUUGGCGUGGUUUUGGAACGAGAGGUUCUGGCUCCCGCAUAAUGUAACCUGGGCUGACUUAAAAAACACAGACGAGGCAACGUUCCCGCAAGCUGAGGACCUCUAUCUGGCGUGUCCUUUAGCGUUCUGCAUCUUUAUGAUACGCCUGGUUUUCGAAAGGUUUAUUGCGAGACCAUGCGCCACGGGCCUGAAGAUCCAAGCCAACGGGCCGCAGAAGGCGCAGCCCAACGCCAUCCUGGAGAAGGUUUUCACCGCCAUAACCAAGCAUCCGGACGAGAAGAGGCUGGAGGGCCUCUCCAAGCAGCUCGACUGGGACGUCCGCACCAUCCAGCGCUGGUUCCGGCAGCGGCGCAACCAGGAGAAGCCGAGCACGCUGGCCCGGUUCUGUGAGAGCAUGUGGAGAUUUACAUUUUACCUUUACAUAUUUACCUACGGAGUGCGAUUCCUUAAAAAGACUCCGUGGUUAUGGAACACUAAAGAGUGCUGGUACAAUUACCCCUACCAGCCGCUGACUGUGGACAUCCAUUACUACUAUAUACUGGAGCUGUCCUUCUACUUGUCCUUGCUCUUUUCACAAUUCACAGACAUCAGGAGGAAGGAUUUCCUGAUCAUGUUCCUGCACCACGUGGCCACCAUCUCGCUUAUCACCUUUUCCUACGUGAACAACAUGGCGCGGGUCGGGACCCUGGUCAUGUGCCUCCACGAUGCGGCCGACGUGCUGAUAGAGGCUGCCAAGAUGGCGAACUAUGCCAAAUGUCAGAUGCUGUGCAACCUUCUGUUUGCAAUGUUCGCAAUCCUCUUCAUAAGUUCCAGGCUGGGACUUUAUCCUGUCUGGAUUUUAAACACCACCGUGUUCGAGAGCUGGGACAUCGUAGGGCCCUACCCGUCAUGGUGGGUGUUCAACCUGCUUCUGAUCCUGCUGCAGCUUCUUCACACCUUCUGGUCCUACCUCAUAGUGAGGACAGCGUGCCGAGCCAUCUCCAGAGGGAAGGUGGGAAAAUGGAACCCCCUACAUGUGUCCAAAGACGACCGCAGCGACAUCGAGUCCAGCUCCGACGAGGACGACAGCCCCACGCCGGCCCAGAAGCACCACAGCACCACCACCACCACCAACGGGACCAAUAAAAACCACGGGACCAACGGCUACCUGACGGGGGCGCCGUAUCCAGACGAGCACUGACUGAACUGAUCCUCACUGGAGCCGUCCAUCAAACUGUGUGCGUGUGAGCGAGCGAGAGCGCGUGGCGGAGACACGAGCAGCGUCGCCUGUCUGCUCCUGGAAGUUCAUAAAAGAUUCAUGUGGAUGCAGUUUUGUUAUGGGUUCCAUUCUUUACUAAUUUCCUCCUCAUCUAUCUAUUUGCACUCAGUAAGCUAUCGGAGCACUCUUACUGGUACCAGCCUCCGUCUGUUUAGCCGAUGAAUGAAAGCAUUUCACUCUACAGUGCACGCAUGCUACCUGAACAGGCCGGGGCGUCUUCUCUUCGUUUGUGGCUCUUUUAUGUUAUUUAUUUUUAUAAACAUAUUUGCAGAUGGUAGUCAGACAGCUGUUCUACGUCGAUGUCAGUAUUGAAGAUGAAAUAACCUUUGAACAACAACAACGCAGCUUGUCUUUUUCCCCCUCACACCACACAAAUUAUAAUACGAGUAAUCGAUAUUGGCAAAAUAAUGAAGAUCUGGGUUUACUUUUCGUGCGGCAUCUCCCCCUCGACCCCCCCCAACGAUGCGCCUCAGAUGGAUUGUAACGUGUGGCGUUUACUCACAUUUUAAUAUACAAACAUUCUGCACUCAAGCUGUAUAUGAGAUGUCAAUAACAGUGUUCCGUGUACGCGUCAGAUAUGGCUGGAUGCUGUAUUACCUAUCGAGGCAUUUUGUUAAGUAUUCUGGUACAUUUCCAUUAAAGGCCCUUUGCUCUCCGAUGAGGCAGACGUGGCAUGAGUUGUUUGAAUAAUUCAAUAAAAAAAAAAAAAUCUGAA